CAGCUGGCUCCAGACAUCACCAACAACGACCAGACGAUCCGGGGACGUGGUCACGAACACAAAGAUACGAUACGACACCACAUUUUGACGACCUUCCUCCCAUCUUCGCCUGCCUGUCUCUCACAUUCCGACGUCGCGUGGCCAUCAUCAAACACAAAGCCCAUCAGCCGUGUCACAACUAGAGCUGGACUUCUCACUCAGCAGUUAGAGCUGCUAGCAAAGCCUGAUCUGUACGGAACGACCUGGACGAUACAUCAUCAGCUCUCGAUCGACUAGCUGCAGCAAGACCAGACCUACAAGCUCGAUUCGAUAUAUCCUGAUCACAGGCUCCUGAGCUGGAUCGGUAAUACCGCAUUACACGCAGCGGAUCGUCCUUUGUGACGAGCAGAUGUCUGGGUUUUUGAACUCGAUUGGCCGCCUCCGAGCCCCGAAACGAUCCCCCACGACCCCCGAAGAAUCGACAUCCCCUACCAGCCCGAACUACGAAACCAUGUCCCAGAACCCAUCUCAAGGCCAGAUGCAAGGCGCUGCUUCCCCGGGCGAAGAGAAGCCGUUGUACCUCUGUCAACCGUUCGUCAAGGCCGCUCUUGUCAAGGGGAGCUUCAAGACGAUCGUCGCUCCGCCCAAGUAUGUGGAUGUGAACGAGUGGGUGGCUAUCAACAUCUUUGACUUUUAUCAGAACUUGAACCACUUUUACGAUGUCGUCUCGGAAUUCUGUACCGUCCAGACGUGCAGCAAGAUGGGCGCUGCGAAAGAGUUGAACUUUACCUGGCCGGAUCAGAACAAGCGACCCGUCUCCCUCCCCGCGCCGACUUAUAUCGAUUACGUGAUGAGCUGGGUGCAGAGGUUGAUCGAUGAUGAAGGUGUUUUCCCUACCAAGAGCGGACGAGACUUUGCCCCUUCCUUCCCUAGCACGGCCAAACACAUCUACAAACAACUCUUCCGCAUCUUUUCUCACAUCUACCACGCCCAUUUCACCGACAUCCUCCACCUCUCCCUCGAGGCGCAUUGGAACUCGUUGUUCGCGCACUACGUCGCUUUCGGGAAAGAAUACGAUCUGGUGGAUGCCGUAGACUUGAAGGAUCUGAGGAAGGGAGGUGGCGGGGUCGCUUUGCUUUGUGAUAGGUGGGGCGAGAUGGGGACCUUGGAGGGUUGAGCGGGGAGAUGUCAAGACCGGCGGCGCGGACUGUUGAGCUAUGUGUAUCGAUUUGUUGGCACGGAAAUGGAAGCUGUAUACCAUGUGGUUGUCCUCCAAGAUCGGUCUUUCCGGACCUUAUCUCUAGGCAUUCGACACCUUUGAGUCUGAUCUCGAAGUACCACGGCAGAGGGUUCUCUCCGUACUCCUGGAUUGAUCAAUCCUAUGAGGCCUAUGACAUCUGCCAGGUCUUAUCG